AGAGAGUGACACUCACGUCAUUAGGGUUUUCGUCUCUUUCACCAUUUUGGGAAUGGCGGUGAAGAAACCGAAAUCAACAACAAUAGUUCAACAAUGCCAGUAGAAAGGCAUCGGAAUCAAGAAUUGUUGCUUCAAGAUUCAUGAAAAAGAUUCAAGGUUGAAGAAGGAACCACGAGAGGUGCUGCUGUUGAAGGAAGUUUAGCAUGUUCAAAUCAUGAAUGUUAAAACAAGGCCAUUUUCCUUUAACAAACGUGAGAAAGUGUAAAGCUGCCUAGGCGCCACCGAAAACUGGUCUGUGGUUUCAUCCAUUCUCAUCCUCAGUUCUUCCUUUUCAGAAAGAUCGUUCCUUUCUCUGCUUUGUUUUCUCUCCCUCCACUACAACACAGCCACUGAACCGGAGUGUCAAUUUUAUGCAGUGGUAUCAUUCUCUGAUUCUGCACUGGUUGGAAUUUUGAAUACGUCCAUUAUGCUUCCUUCUCUGCUUGACUUUUAGACAAGAAGUUGCAAAAACGUCAAGGGGUUGGUUUAAUUUGCAAUGGCUGCGACUUCUCUUUUCUCCUGCUCAAUGCAUACAGAGAUGCUUGCUCCAAAGAUAUUAAAAGGCUCAGAUGUUUUAUGCUGUCCAAAAUCGAAUUUUUUAAGUAUGAAGAAGUCAUCAAAAUUGGAACAAAUGAAAUCAAUCUUGCAAACAGAUGGAAUUCAUUCCAAUGCUUUGAAAGUUGAACGUGCACCUUACUUUUCAGUGGGACAAAAAUUUCAACUUGAUGAUGUUAUUGAAGCUCAACAGUUUGAUAGAGACAUUCUAAAUGCCAUUUUUGAAGUUGCACAAGAGAUGGAGAGUAUUGAAAAGAAUUCUCCUGGUAGCCAAAUUUUAAAGGGUUAUCUUAUGGCCACCUUAUUCUAUGAGCCCUCUACUAGAACUAGACUUUCAUUUGAGUCUGCCAUGAAAAGACUCGGUGGAGAGGUUUUAACAACUGAAAAUGCAAGAGAAUUUUCAUCGGCUGCCAAAGGAGAGACACUUGAAGAUACAAUACGAACAGUUGAGGGUUACUCUGAUAUAAUUGUGAUGCGGCACUUUGAAAGUGGUGCUGCCAGAAGAGCAGCUGCUACAGCUGGCAUUCCAAUAAUCAAUGCAGGGGAUGGUCCUGGACAGCAUCCUACCCAGGCACUUUUAGAUGUCUACACUAUUCAAAGAGAGAUUGGGAAGCUUGACAGUAUAAAAGUUGGGCUUGUGGGAGACCUUGCUAAUGGGAGGACAGUUCGUUCAUUGGCAUACUUGCUUGCCAAGUACAAGGACGUGAAAAUCUAUUUUGUAGCACCUGAUGUGGUUAAAAUGAAGGAUGAUAUAAAAGAGUAUUUGACAUCAAAGGGAGUGAAGUGGGAAGAAAGCGCUGAUUUAAUGGAAGUGGCGUCAGAGUGUGAUGUGGUUUAUCAAACUCGUAUUCAAAAAGAACGAUUUGGUGAAAGAGUUGACCUUUAUGAAGAGGCUAGAGGCAAGUACAUUGUGAAUAAGGAUGUUCUAAAGGUGAUGCAGACUCAUGCUGUGGUCAUGCACCCUCUUCCUAGGCUUGAUGAAAUCACAGUGGAUGUUGAUGCUGAUCCAAGGGCUGCUUACUUUAGGCAGGCCAAAAAUGGUCUAUAUAUUCGGAUGGCACUUCUGAAACUCUUGCUUGUUGGUUGGUAAACCUGCAUAUUCAUCCUCAAAGUGCAUGGAAGAAAGAUACUGAAAGAUCAUUACUUCUUUUGCUUUUGUUUGUAUUGUCCUUGCUUAAAACUUUCUCUCUCUGUUUUUUCUAUUGUAGUUUCUUAUCUCAUGAAGUAUUGGAAUGAGAAAGAGGAGAGCUUCCAUUAGGCAAAAGUAUUUACAUUUCAUCUUCUUGACAGCUUACUACUAAUUUUACUUUUCAUAUAUCCACUAAUCCACUGUAUAAUUGAUUGUCCUCAACUUAUUAGUUACUUCAAUCAUUGCGAAAGAGAAAUAUUAUUUUACAGGA